GAGUGCUUUCACACAGCAGAGCAGAGCGGGAACUUUACACUGAGGGACAUCCAGCAGGUUUAUUUUAUCAGAACAAGACUUUUCAGAAGUGGAUAAUUUUAAACUACUGGAAUAAUGAAGUCCCCAAAACUCAGAGCCAAAGCAAAGUUUGUCAAUGAAGAUGACCUGGACGACGUGCUGUGCGAGUUCGAUGCAGUCAUUGAAGACUUCAAGUCGCCGGUGGAGAAGCGUCACUUCAGGUACGAUGAGCAUCUGAAGACGGUGAAGAGGAGGAGCUGUGCGAGCGUCAGCGACAGCGGCAUCAGCGACUCAGAGAGUGCCGAGUCGCUCAACAGAAACAGCUUCAGCUUCAGCGACGAGAGGCUCAACUCGCCCACCGUGCUCUCUCCCACCAACUCUUCACCUCCGCUCAUGUCACCAAAACCUAAACUGGGCGACACCAAAGAGCUGGAGGACUUCAUCGCCGACCUGGACCGGACAUUAGAGAGCAUGUGACGAGGCGGCUCAAAGUCGUCAGCCACAAGGGGCAGAGGGAGUGAACGUCUGGACCCCCGCUGAGCAGCAAACGCCCGGCUCCUACACCCAAAACCACCCAGCUGGAUCACAGCAACGUCCAAGCAGCUCCACCACAGCAUCAGCUCCUAAUUUUAACUCGCAAGAGCUCUACUAACUCCAACCACCUGGAUACUGGGCUGUAAGGGCGGCAAAGAGGGCCAAAAUUAGCAUAGGAGGAAGCCUGAGGUCAUGCCAUGAUGUAAUGGACUCCAUCCAGGAGUAGAGUGGAGCCCAAACUGGAUUAAACGCUGCAAUGAGUCACUGGAACAAUAUCCCAUCACAGAACAGGUCACACUCCAACCCCCAAACUGGAAGAAUAUUUAAAAAAACGCUUUUUAUAAUAGAAAUAUAUUUGUAAUUUUAUAGAGCUCCUUAUUGUCUGUAUUUGUGUAAAAUAUAUUUUUGUAUCUUAUGUAAAUAAUAAUUCUAUUUGCCUUGAUAUUAACGGAACAUUACCAUUAACUGGAAUAAACUGGAAAUUCUGAUGUGUAUUUAAUACAGCUAAUGUCUGCCAGAGAUAAUAUUAAA